UUCAAAUCUCAAUUUUGAUUUAAAUUUCCCACCCAAAUUGUCCCUUUGUUUCUUCAUUCCCUCACCCUUUUUCUAACUGUUGAAGUCUGUAAUGGCGCCUAAGGCAGAGAAGAAGCCAGUGGAGGAGAAGAAAUCGUCGAUGGUAGCAGAGAAAGCUCCUGCGGUUAAGAAACCAAAGAUUGAGAAGAGGCCGUCGAAGGAAGGACCAGCCGGCAGCGACAAGAAGAAGAAGAGAAUUAAAAAGGGUAGCGAGACCUACAAGAUAUACCUUUUCAAGGUUCUGAAGCAAGUCCACUCUGACAUUGGGAUAUCGAGCAAAUCCAUGGGAAUCAUGAAUAGCUUCAUCAACGAUCUCUUCGAGAAAAUCGCCCAGGAGGUGUAUGUAUGCUUUCGGGCAGCAUUCUCUUACCCAUUGUUUAUUAAUCGAUUUAAGAAACAAACCAUUUAAACCACUGAUAUUAUAUUGAUUAAAAUUAUUAAUUUUUUUUUAAAUAAAAUAAGGUGUUCAACUGUUCA